AUGAACGAGGGAGAGGCAGUGCGGAGGUGGUGGUUACAGGUCUCAGUUGAGGAGUCAAAUCUGGUAGAGGUUCGAGUUGACGGACUCAAAUUUGGUAUAGGUCUGAUCCAAUGUAAUCAAAUCCAAGGCGCUGUAAAUAAGAAUGGAGAAUGUGACCCACCCAUCACUGCCAAACAACUUAGAGAAAUGCGUUCCACAGUGGCCCUGGCGAUAGAGAUGGAGAGAGUCCGAGUUCUGACAACUUGUUCUUUAAAGGCCAGAGAGAGAAGGUUUGUGUGUGAGCUGUAUAUAUAUAGCUCACACACAAACCAGUUGAUUAGUUUAGCUCUUCCUGUGUCUUGGUUCACCAUAUUUAUCUUCUUUUCACCGUUCUUUUCCACUUUGCGCCUUACAAAUGCUCCCCCCAAUCCUAGACAAGAGGUAAUUACAGCACGUAAUGGUGUUGUUGCCACAGAUGAUGGUCGAUGUUCCACAAUCGGGAAGGAUGUUCUUCGUGAAGGAGGUCAUGCUGUUGAUGCAUCUGUGGCUGCUACUCUUUGCUUGGGUGUUGUAAGCCCUGCUUCAAGUGGCCUCGGUGGAGGUGGAUUUAUACUUGUUAGGUCAACCGAUGGGAAGGCUCAAGUUUUUGACAUGAGAGAAACUGCACCAAUGCGAGCUUUGCCGGUACUUGCAAGUUACAAUUGA